CAGCAUCGUGGUACAUCGGGUAUAUUACAUAGGUUUGUCGUUGGAGAAUGGCAUUCAUUGUAUGCUAUAUGCAAAUAUAUAUAUAACAUUUGAACCCAUUUUGACAACGAUGGGAUAGAUUAUAACUUAUAAGUGAAAGGAAGAAUAGGUCACAUGAUAAGCAUAUUCAGUCGGAAAAGUGCGAAAUACUUAAUAUGCGGUGUUUUACUUUGUUGCCUUAGUCAAACUUUAUAUAAGCAUAUGAGCACACGUUUUAUCAUCUAGAUAUUUGUACUCAUCGCCCAUUCAAUGAGUACAAUUUUAAUGUUUCUAGUGGGUUUCUAUUAGGACUUCACCUUCAAAGAACAUUGGAUAUUAUUAGAUCUAUUCGGAAAAUAACUAACAUGUAUUUAUGCAUUUAGUUAUAUUAUCAUAGAACAUGUCUUAUUUACGAAUGAAAUUAUUUAUUAUCUGUUUAUUUACUUUUCAACUUUUGCAUUUAUCAACAUCAUCUCCUCCAGUAGAAAAUAACCAGAAGUGGAGUGAGUCUCUUCCGGAUACGGAUGAAGGAAGCGCAGAAAAUCCGGAUUCGGAAUCUCCCACAGAUGACGAAGAUGGAUUUUAUUCAGAAGGAAAUGAAGAUCUGAGUUAUGUCUACGAUGAUUAUGAAGAUGCAGAGCCCAAACAACAAGACAAAGGUGGUGAUUAUGGAGAAUACUACGAUUCUACAAAGUUAGAUGGCAAAGAGUGGGAAGGAUUCGAUGGAUUUAUUUGUGGAGAUGGGACAAGAUUAUCAAACAAGAAAGUCUGCAAUGGACUGCGAGAUUGCUUCGAUUGUUCAGACGAAGAAAAUUGUACAAAUGUGAGGGAAAACAUCUUCUACUGUUACGAUAAAGAAGAAAGUUCAAGGCAGUUCACUGAUGAUGAUCCGAAGUGCAUCGACAUGAAAUACUUUUGUGACGGGUCAUCGGAUUGUCUAUCCGGAGUCGACGAGUUACAAUCCGGAUCCGGAUUCAAAUGUAUGGUCAAGAAUCGAUUUAGAACUUGCGUUCUUCCACAAAAUUUUGUUUGUGAUGAAGUUGCACACUGUGAAGAUCGAUCUGAUCUUUGUAAAAAUGCAUUUGCAACCCCGACAAUGAAAAGUAAAUUUCCAAUGCCGGGUAAUAUCAAUUCAACUGACAAUACAACUACAACCAUAGCGAGAUUUUCUGGCAUUUCGCGUGGACUAUUUCUAUGUUUGAACAGCAAAUUGAUGAUAUCUCAGAAACAGGUUUGCGACGGUGUACUCGAUUGCCCAGAUUUAUCAGAUGAAUGUCUGUGUGAAAUACAAAAGUCUGAAAGUGUUAGGAAAAUAUGUGGAGGAAUGUGUACAAAACAAAUAUGGAUGGAUCAACUGAUCAACGAAAAUUGCAAGUUUUGCGCCGAAGGAGACAUAUAUUAUGAAGGAUAUUUACCGGAAAAAUCUUGUUUCUCUCCUGUUGAAAUGAUUGAAAUCACGAAGAACAAAUCGAGCGACGUGGGUUCUCUGAUCUCUCCGGUCAAGGCACAAGGAUCUUCUGAUAUUAUCGAAUGUUUCGACCAAUCUCUCACGGGAAUGGUGAGGGCAAGGAAAUGCGAUGGCCGCCCAGAAUGUUUAUUCGGCGAAGAUGAAUGCGGAAUAGAUUGUGGAGGCGAGGGUAAUAAAGAAUGGUCAAUUGGAUCAGGCGAUAUGAACAAUGAUUCUUCUGAUCCUGAAUUUUGUCGUCUACUAUCCACUGAUGUUACGGGAUUUGCUUGCUUAUCAUUUUUGAAUCCGGAUCGUACAAGGAAGGGAAAUAAAAGUCAGAUAGAUGCGAUGUUCGAUGAGCGUAGAAUCUCAAUUUGCAACGGUGUGGUGGAAUGCGCUGAUGGUUCUGACGAAGCAUUCUGUCCCAAAAGAUUUAAAUGCCAAGUUGAUUUGAACGAAACUGACGCCAAAACGGAUACGUAUGAUGAAUCUCAAACAUGUGACGGCUUUUCACAUUGCUUUAACGGAGCUGAUGAGGAUCCGACAAAAUGUUAUAAAUCCGGGAGCUCUAAUGAAAACCCAAUGUUAUCCUGCGGGAUGAGCGAAAAUCGAGAAGUUAAAUAUGUUCAUAAAAAUUAUCUUUUGGAUGGGAAACUGAAUUGUCCCAACGCUGCAGACGAAUGCCCUCCAUUUUUAAGUAGAAUACCCGACAUGAUAAAUAAGUUUUAUGAAGGAAUUGAUGAGGAUUCGAGAGAAUAUCAACAUGGAAUUUCAAGUCACGAUAGAGCGAUUGACAACCUGCCAUUACAGGUAUUUCUGAUCGCUGCAGCUUUCAUAGGCGUCAGUGCCCUCGCUGUUUCCUUUGUGUUGGCGUUUUAUAAUCUGACUGUGGCGUGGAUGCGAUUCAGCGACUCUGGCGUCAAAGAUCGAGGCAUCUGGACAUACAAUUCCAUGAUAUGUUUAAGAGAAGUCGUCGUAAACUUGAAUAUGACAAUUGCCAAAGGUCUGAUUUGUGGAUACUUCGCUUAUAUCAAAAUUACCCGAGCUGAGGAUGCAAAUUACAGUACUGUGGAUCUUAAAUGGCGUUCCAGUACUUCUUGCAGCGUCGCAGGCGCAAUUGUUCUGAUUGGAACCCAAAUUCCGAUUUUGACUUUGGCUUUCUUCGGAUCAGCUUAUCUUCUAUUUUAUGCUUGCAAUUUCAAAACAGGACGAAGAAAAGGGUCGAGUCGUGUGGAAAAUGGACACUCGAAUGGCGUCAAUGAUAUCACGUUUAGUCGAGGAAGUGAUCUUACCACUAAUGGUCGCAUUUGUGUAAAACUCAUAACUGCUCUGAGUUGCAUUGUACUUAUAGUUUUAAUAUGGCUUCCGACACUUGUCCUCGCCGGACUUUUAACAUUCCCUUCAGCGUUAAAUGCGCGAACCCGGACCUACGCUUGGGUGCGAGCAGACGCAGCACCGUCCCUUUUCCGAGCAAACCUGUUAGGACGUGAAGAAGCCGAAAAAUUCGCCAGUUUUGUUGUCACCAUAAGAAACCGAAGCACAGAAGAUCUUCAACUGUCAUCCCGCUUUACAUUUUCUGAAUUUGCACAUAUCGUAGAUGCUUCUGCCCCUUCGCUUAGCAUACACAGUCGAGGUUCUUACGGAUUUUUCGGACAAAGUGGUGCCUGUUUGCCAAGUUUUUUAGUACAUGUAAAUGGUGGAGACGCACCCUUUGACAUGGCUGUUUCUAACUCUUGGUCGUGGGGUAUAUCGCUGGCUAUUGUUGUUAUCGAUUUGAUACUAAUUCUCGCCACGACAGCAAUGACCACAAGAUACGGCAAGGCCUCGUGUAAGUUUUCCUGUCUUUCUAAACACAAACACGUCGAUAAGAAGCCAUCUAGAAUACUAAAUGACACGUUUUCUACAUUUGUCGUAAUUGAAGUUUUAACCUGGCUUUUUAUCGUGUCUUUGUUUUUUCUGAAAGCUGUCGUUCCGAACAGCUUCUCCGAUUACACAUAUGCAAUAUGUUGCCUCGUUGCACUAGGACUAAACUGUGGACUGAUAUCCCCAUUUGUACUGCUUCGACGAAAAUUCCGACUAAAGACAAAUUUGGACUUCACCAACAGCAGCAAAGUUCGAUCACGGCCUGAUUCAGAUAGAAUCAUCGAAGUAAAACACGAUAAUAUCGACCAUUUUGAGCAGGAGCCAUUGACCAAUGGAAAAAUGGAAUUACCGGAUGAAUCACAAAAAGAGGAGUGCGAGAACCUUGUCAAGGAAAAUGGAGAAGAGGCCAAAUCGGUACUAGAGUGAACAAGCGUGAUAAGUUGAUCCCAGCAACAAUCACAAAAACUGUAAGAGCAGAAUGUCCAGAAAAACGAGAAGGCGUUACAGCGCGACUAUGGCUAGUACUUCAUGGGAUAUCUUACAAAUAUAAAUAACACUGUAUUGUCUCGAAUUGAUGCUUUUUGUUCAGCUUUGUAUGUAUACAUAUAUAUAUGUACGCUAUAUGCUUUUAGUUACACCUCUAGUGGAAAGUUUAUAUAUAGUGAGAAUUGCUUUGUCACAACUAUUUUCUAUAUAUAUAUAUAUAUAUAUACCACUUAUGAGUUUACUUUAGAAGAAAGAAGGUAUAUAUAUAUUUAUAUUAUAUAUAUGUGUUAUCGCAUCACAUGUUGUCAAAUGAAUCGGUCCCAAAAUUAAGCUUCUGACACAUGUAAAAAAGCCAUAAAGGACAAGCGACCGCUAUGAUUAUAAACCCCUCCAAAUAACGACUUUUGCAGCUUGAUAUAAUGUUGCAAGUUUUUUUUUUUCACUUUUGCACGAUCUUCAAUAACAUAAAAUCACGGAAAGGUUUUUCAU